CUCACAGGAGUGCAGAGAAAUAACUUUGGUAAAAGUGUCUCAUAGGAGUGACAGAAAGUUGCACAGUCACUCAGUAAACAGCAAUUCCUCCAAACUAUCAGGGACACAGAGAGAAAAACCAGCGAGGAGUCCGUCUGCGAGCUGCGAGGAGAAUCUGCUGGAGAAAAAGAUGGAGGUCUACUCUAUCACAGUCGCCACAGGGACAUCAGAGUAUUCAGGCACCAACAACUACAUCUACGUCACCCUGGUAGGGGAGAGAGGGGAGAGUGAGCGCACCCUGCUGGACAACCCUGGACUGGAUUUCUGUCGAGGAGCAGUGGAUCAGUACAGGGUGACCAGCAAAGCACCAUUAGGGCGUCUCUUACUGGUCCGGCUGGAGAAAGAGAAGUACUUUGUGGAGGACAACUGGUUCUGCCGGUAUGUGACGGUGGAGCCUCCAGGGGGAAACAAACUUCUGACGUUCCCGUGUUACCGCUGGCUGAUCGGAAACGCCAAGGUGGAAAUAAGAGAAGGAGCAGCAAAGACUCUGGUGGAGGACUCCUCAGCACGGCUGCUGCAACACAGGAGGAACGAGCUGCAGGAGAGACAAAACACAUUCAGAUGGGUGACGUGGGCUCCUGGGAUCCCCAGAUGUGUUGAUGCCAAAACAGAAGCAGAUUUACCCCAAGAUGUUCGCUUUGACAACGAGAAGAGGAGCGACUUUGAACAUUCAUUGCAUUAUGCCCUGCUGGAGCUGUCUCUGAAGAAGCUGGCCAUCACAUUCGGGAAAUCCUGGAAUGACCUGGAGGACUUCAAACGGAUAUUUUGGAAACUCCGGAGCCCCAUAGCUGAGUACUGCAUGGAUCACUGGAAGGAAGACUGGUUCUUUGGCUACCAGUGUUUAAACGGCUCCAACCCGAGGAUGAUCAAGAGGUGUACGAAGCUGCCUGAAAACUUCCCCGUCACAUCGGAUAUGGUUCAGAGCUCCAUGCCGGCUAAAACUAGCCUGGAAAAAGAACUCAGGGCGGGGAAUAUCUACCUCUUAGAUUAUGCCAUCAUGGAAGGGAUACCUGCAAACACAAUCAAGGGUAAACCGCAGUUCAUAGCUGCUCCGCUCUGCCUGCUCUACCAGCAUCCAGAUGAAGGACUCAUUCCUAUUGCAAUUCAGCUUGAGCAGACUCCAAGCUUGGAUACGCCGAUAUUUUUGCCCAGAGAUCCUCCAUUGGCAUGGCUGCUUGCCAAGAUGUGGGUGCGUCACGCAGAAUUCCAGGUUUUCCAGGUCCUGUCUCACCUUCUAAGGACCCACCUGGUGAUAGAGGUGUUCUGUGUUGCGACUCUAAGACAGCUGCCGGCAGUGCACCCUAUAUAUAAGCUCCUGGCUCCACAUCUGCGCUACACACUGGAGAUCAACUGCAGGGGGCGAACUCAGCUCAUCUCUCCCAAUGGCAUUUUCAAAAGAGUGGUGUCUACAGGAGGUGAUGGUCUCCUGAUUCUGGCCCAGAGGGAAUACAAGGUGUUAACCUAUCGCUCCCUUCAGCCACAGUUCGACUUCAGCGACAGAGGAGUUUUCCAGCUUCCCAACUAUUUCUACAGAGAAAACGCUCUGAUGCUGUGGGAAGCCAUUCACAGUUUCGUCUCAGACAUGGUGAACCUGUACUACCGCUCCGACCAGGACGUUCAGAAGGACCCGGAGCUACAAGCGUGGAUCAGAGACAUAACAGAGGAAGGUUUCACUGAGCUUCCCAAGUUUGGUCUGUCGAAUACUCUCAGCAGCAAAGAGGAACUUUCCACCCUACUGGCCGUGGCCAUUUUCACCAGCACUGCUCAGCACGCUGCAACCAACAACGGACAGUUCGACUGGUGCGCCUGGGUUCCCAACACCCCCUGCACCAUGAGGCUCCCCCCACCAUCAGACAAAGACGCCAUCACCAUGGAGAUGAUCAUGGCCACCCUGCCGGAUGUGGGCCAGUCCUGUGUGCAGAUGGCCAUCACAUGGCAUCUGGGACGAGCCCAACCGGAUGCAAUUCCUCUGGGCCAGUAUGCAGAGGAGCAUUUCACCGAGCCGACCGCCAUGGAGCUGAUUGAAAAGUUCAGAAUGAAGCUGAAGGAGAUUGAGGAGCAGAUCCUGGAUCAGAACGCAGGACUGGACCUUCAGUACCUUUUCCUCCUGCCGAGCCGCGUAGAGAACAGCAUCACCAUAUAGGACCGGCUUCACUCCGACUGGUUCUGUUCAUCCUUUCUGGGUCAAGUUAGAGGAUUGUAAGAAACAUGGAACCCAGCAGAGGAGAGAACAGAGCAGACGGCCAUGCAGGAAGCAACUCACAAAGCUUUUUAAAUAACUAGGUCAAAGGCAGUAAUCUAGCUGUAAUAUAUAGCCUAAUAAAUAUAGUCUAUUAACCUAAAGCAAUAUGCAUGAUAU